AACCGGAAAAGCAGUCCAAAAUACUACAUUCGAGCAUGGGAGAGCAAGUGCUUGUCUUCUCAGACUCUCCUGUCUGCUAUCAUCAACUGCAGAAGUGCAGGGAGCUCCAUGAUGGCGAAGGUAAUCAAUGUCUGUCAGCGACGAACCAUCAUAGCCUUGGCAUGGACAGCUGUUCCCUACCUGUUCACUGAUAGACCUUCUUGACCGUUGGAGUGAUCGUUCAGAAAGCCAAUGCUUGAGUGAGAACUGCUGCUGGGACAUGCACAAUCUCAAAUAUCUGUACGGUGUAUACAUGUGUUUAUUCAAAAGCGAGUAAGCCCAUCAAGUUUGUCUUGUGUCGGACGAGGAGCCAUCGCAAGCAGCACAGUCAAGCAUGUCCUGCUGAUAUAUGCGACGAGAUAGACAGAUACCUAACCUGAAAACCCAGCAGAAUGUCGAGGGAUGGAGCAGUCUGGUGCAGUGGACUCUGCCUUCCCAUCUGAAGUAUGCCUCCGCGAUGACGAGCAGACGGCGACGAAGGACAACAGCUACCGGAGCUACAAGGACAGGAAAGAUCGAGCGACCCUCUCUCUCCAGCAUGUCCACCGAACUCCAUCAUCUUAACCUCGAAGGACCCAUCACAGCCCACGCCUUCAAUGCCGACCGCACACAAGUUGCCGUCUCGAAAAACUCCAACGUUGUUGAAAUCUACAAACGCGCUUCCAUCCAUGCCAAGUUCAUCCUCGAAGCAGUCCUAUCUGAUCAUGAUAAACUUGUCACUUCGAUUGAUUGGGCACCGACCACGAAUCGUAUUGUGACGUGUUCGCAGGAUCGAAAUGCAAAUGUCUGGACAUGGGAUGCCACAAAAGGUCUAUGGAAACCGACCCUCGUCCUCCUUCGUAUGCAACGUGGUGCAACAAUGGUACGCUGGUCUCCCAAGGAAGACAAGUUUGCCGUUGCCAGUGCAGCACGUUUGAUUGCUAUUUGCUACUUUGAAGAGGAAAAUGACUGGUGGAUCUCAAAACACCUCAAGAAACCCAUUAAAUCCACCAUUCUCUCCCUCGACUGGCAUCCAAACAAUGUAUUGCUCGCUGCUGGUUCUACCGAUAUGCGAGUACGUGUGUUUAGCGCAUUCAUCAAAGAUGUCGAUGCGAAACCAGAGCCGAGUGUGUGGGGGAGCAGACUCCCCUUCAAUACGCUGUGUCUGGAAGCCAACGCCGGUGGUUGGAUUCAUGAUGUCCAAUUCUCACCUUCUGGGGAUUGUAUCGCGUAUGCCACACAUGCAUCGACGCUUGAAAUUGCAACACCUGGCGAAGACGGCGCUGCAAACGUGACGAAAGUACCGUAUGGCGGACUCCCCAUGACGAGCUUACAGUUUGUUUCAGAAACAGCAUUCGUUGCUGCUGGGCAUAAUUGUGCACCUGUCUUGUUUUCAGGCGAUGCUGGCACUUGGCAGGAGACACGGGCCAUUGAUACGAAAGCUGGUGUGGAGAAGGAGGAGGUCGGUGCAUUCAAGUCAUUGAGGAACUCUUUUAGGGAUAUGGACAUGAAGGGUGGUGCUGGAACGAGUGAGACGGCAUUGCCAACGAUUCAUCAAAACACAGUGACGCAAGUCUCGGCGUAUAAAGGUGAGCGUGGGCAUGUGUCACAGGUGAGUACCUCGGGUGUAGAUGGACGUAUUGUCGUUUGGCAGGUCUAGUCAAUGUGUGAAUCUUACAUUCUUACAUGCAGUCUAUGCUAUACAUCAUUCAAAGAAGCGCCUCAACACGCCCAAAUCGCCAAUAGCAUUCAAUACUUCCAUCUCCGAUACA